AUGGAAGAGACUUGUCAAAAACAGUAUCUCCUUCAACAUCUUCUUUAUUUCCUUCUCUAUUUGUUAAUCUUCAUUGCUAAUAUUUCUAAAGCCCUAGCAAACCCAACAGCUUCGAAUAAGUCAGCUACGGCUGUUAUAGUGUUUGGAGACUCGACUGUCGAUCCUGGAAAUAACAACUAUGUGAAAACAAUUUUUAGGGCUAAUUUUCUACCUUAUGGAAAGGAUUUUGCAAACCAUGUCCCAACAGGAAGGUUCAGCAAUGGGCAGCUAACCACUGAUUUUAUCGCUUCCUAUAUGGGCAUCAAACAGUCUGUGCCUCCGUAUUUAGACCCUACUCUUAGCACUGAGGAGCUUAUGACAGGAGUUAGUUUUGCAUCGGCUGGCUCCGGAUUUGAUCCUCUUACACCAAAAAUAUCUAAUGUGGUGGACAUACCAAAGCAAAUGGAGUAUUUUAAAGAGUAUAAGAAAAGACUGGAGUCUGCAAUUGGAAAGCAAAAAACCGAAAAUCAUAUCAACAAGGCACUGUUUAUCGUCAGUGCUGGCACGAAUGACUUCGUUGUCAAUUAUUUUACUCUACCAAUGCGACGAAAAACCUACUCCAUCCCAGCUUACCAGCAUUUCAUCUUGGAAACAGCAAUUCAAUUCGUUCAGGAUUUGUUUGAUCAAGGAGCAAGAAGAAUCUUAUUCGUUGCGCUACCUCCAAUGGGUUGCCUGCCUGUUGUUAUCACCCUUUUUUCUGGUCAUGCCAUUUCCGAACGUGGUUGUAUUGAUUAUUAUUCCUCCGUUGGAAGAGAGUUCAAUAUCUUGCUCCAAAACGAGUUAAAUCUCAUGCAAACUCGAUUAGCAAGUCAUGGCGUUAAGAUCUUUACAAUUGAUGCGUAUGGAGUUAUGACCGACAUGAUCCAAGGGCAAGGAAGGUCUGCAUUUGACGAAGUAAACAGUGGCUGCUGUGGAACCGGGUACAUGGAGGCAGGACUCUUAUGCAAUCGGAAGUCAUUUUUGUGUCCUGAUGCAUCGAAGUAUGUAUUCUGGGAUUCGAUACAUCCAACUGAACAGGCAUACUACAAUGUUUUUAAGUCCAUUCGUCCUAUAAUUGAUAUCCUCAGCAGAGACUAA